AUGGUGGAGUUCAUGCUGGCUCUGCCAUUGAACAUAACCGUCCUCUACAUACUAAUCUUUAAAUUCAGGUUCUGGAGGGGCAAUGGCGUCUUCCUGCUCAACCUCGUCCUGGCUGACUUACUGCUUCUGAUCUGUCUGCCAGUGAAAUCCUCCGCUUAUCACCAAGGCUUCAGACGGAGCAAAGAGAAGACGGUCUGCAAGGCGAUGCUCUUCAUGCUGUUCCUGAACCGGGGGGCCAGCAUCGCCUUCCUGACCGUCAUCUCCGUCGACCGCUACUUCAGCGUGGUCCACCCCCGAAAGAAGAACUUCCUCAAGGUCCUGAAGAGAUCGCCUCAGGUUUCGGUCCUCAUCUGGGCGCUCCUGCUCCCCCUGACCAUUCCCACCAUGCACAAGUCGUUCGAGUGCUGCAACAGCUACGGACGCGAGGACGACCAUUUCACCGACACUUUGAGGGAGAUCGUGUUUUUCACCCAGAUUCUCAUCCCCUUCUUUGUCCUGGUCUUCUGCACUGUGCAGGUUAUACAGAGGCUGAAGAGGAAGACUGUGGGGGACAGAACCAAGCUUCGCAGGGCUGUGUUUCUGGUCACCUCCGUUGUGCUGGUUUUCUCCAUCUGCUUCUUACCCUGCACCAUAUCCAGAAUGAUACUGUUGAUCUUCAGAGUCCAAGAGAUGCACAACAAAGAAGAUAUAGCCGUUCAGGUACAUGAUGGCCUCAUGGUCUUCUCCUAUUUGGACUGUUUGCUGGACCCAUUGGUGUAUUGCUUCUGCAGUGCGCGGUUCAAAGAACUGUACAUAUCAAACAUUUUCCCAUUCCUUCUGCCCAAGAAAAAACCCAACCUGUGACAUCACAGUCUGCAGUCACAGCCUGUGCACGGACCUAGACGAAGGA